GCCACUGUGACGGAGGAUUUGCUCAGUAGGUGUACAAGUUCAGCCCUUGUGUGUCUCUUCUCUUUUUGCCAUGGGGGGAGCUGUGAGCGCCGGGGAGGACAACGACGAUCUUAUCGAUAACCUUAAGGAGGCUCAGUACAUUCGCACAGAAAAGGUCGAGCAGGCGUUUCGAGCCAUAGACCGCGGCGACUACUACCUGGACGGCUAUCGGGACAGUGCCUACAAAGACUUGGCGUGGAAGCACGGAAACAUCCACUUGUCUGCUCCAUGUAUAUACUCCGAGGUGAUGGAGGCACUUAAACUGCAGCCAGGACUUUCUUUCCUUAACCUAGGCAGCGGAACCGGCUACCUGAGCACAAUGGUUGGCCUCAUCAUAGGGCCAUAUGGCGUAAAUCAUGGAGUGGAGCUGCACAAGGAUGUCGUUGACUAUGCCAGACAGAAACUGGAUGAUUUCAUCAAGAACAGUGAUAACUUUGAUAAGUUUGAAUUCUGUGAACCCGUCUUUGUGGUGGGGAAUUGCCUUGAAAUCUCAACAGACAGUCACCAAUACGAUCGCCUUUAUUGUGGCGCCGGAGUGCAGAAAGACCAUGAAAAUUACAUGAAAGUACUGCUCAAAAUUGGAGGCAUACUGGUGAUGCCUAUAGAGGAUCAGCUGACCCAGAUAACCAGGACUGGCCAGAGCACAUGGGAGAGCAAAAACAUCUUGGCGGUGUCCUUUGCCCCCUUGGCUCAGCAGAGCAGAGCAGACGGAGAGAAGCCCGACACUGUCCAGCUGCCCCCGGUGACGGUCCGCAGCCUCCAGGAACUUUCCCGCGUCUACAUUCGCCGCACUCUCAGGAACCUGACGGGUCAGGACAGCCAGGGGAAGGGGACGGUGCAGAGGGUUCCCCAGAAACGCAAGCGCAGGCGCUGCAGGCGGCGCCGCAUCAACGCGUACGUUUUGGUAGGCAACCAACUCAUGCCGCAAAUGGUGGAGAGCGAAGAGGAGGAGCACGCAGAGGAAGAACACAAGGAGGUGGAGGUGGAGGAGGAUGAGGAGGAGGAAAGAGACAUUGGCAACAUUGAAAUCAUCAAGCACGUGAACGUGUUGCGAGAACAAAUACUGGCUCUGCCGCUGCCCGAGUCGCUGAAGGCAUAUUUGCUGUAUUACAGGGAGAAAUGACUGCUUCACUCCAUGUCUGUCCUUAAUGAGUGCGCCGCCUGCUGAAAUACUUUUCUUCAGUGCAAAUGGAGCAUUAUCAUUCAAUCUUGAUGGCAACACUGUAUUUGGAAAGAAUUGUCAUAUUGGAUAAUAAUGUUACGAUUGUAACGAAUGUUCGUUUUUGUCGGCGUUUUCUUUUGAUUUGUAUCAUAAAAUCAUGUAAAAAGUAAACGAACACCGAUUCAGAAACCAGAAAUCAAAUUUUAUCCUGCCGGGGUUUUUUUUUUUUUUUUUUUUCUCUCUGCAGAAAAGCAAAUGAACAAGUUGUGUAAAAAUAACUUCUUACUGUAUUUGUUAAGAUAUAAUCAAGCCGAUAGGAAAAAAUAUGAACUGCACUUUUUUUUUUUUUUUUAAGAAGCUUUAACCUUCCUUCUGUGAGGAUCCAGUGAUUUAAUUAUGCUGAAAGCAGGAAACGAGGCCACAUUCUCCCAUUUUGAGCUCAAGAGUAAAGAUGCUAUUGCAUAAUCGUGAAUGGGGCACUUAAUAACUCGACGUGUUUUAUACCUUCCUCUAACAAGAGAUCACUGGAAAAAGACCAGACUGAUUCAUAUAUUUUCUACAGGGCACCUUUUAAUGUGACGGUUUUUACAGCAUGCUUAUGUUUAAGUGGGUUUUUGCAGAAAACACAAAGCUAACAAGUAAUUUGAUGCAAUGUAAGCAGUCGUCUCCAUGUUUUUUUUUUUUCUUAUGGAUGAAUAUAAAUAAUCAUGUCAACAUUAGGAUGAAGCGAAUGAGAGAUAUUUAGAAAUAGAUUAUACCUUUUUUAAUAGAAAAGUAGAAAGAGAUGAAAAUUCUGGUGCUCCUGACAUAGUUUUCCAUCUGACUACUUCCUGGAGAUAAAGUGAUUACGAUUAAACAAACGG